AUGUAUGUUAAGGUUCCUGGUGAUGAUCUAAUCUAUGGUUUUAGUGUUCCUACUGUAACUGGUACUGCUUCAGUCACUGAUAAUUCUUCAAUCAUCAACACUUCUCCACCUGAAAUACCAUCUGGUACCAGACAUGUUCAAUUUAUUGAAGCUACACCUAAUCAUUCCUUUCAUCUCAUCAAUAUAUAUAAUUCACCAUAUUUAUUAUCAGCUGAGAUCUCGGCUCUAUUCUGGACUAAUGAUUUACUAUCAUCAGAGCUUCUCAAGAGAGAUGUUAGUUGUACAAAGAUAAAAGUUAUCAGAAAUGAACGACCAGAACUCUUUCAAGAAUUACAAGGUUAUGGUGUAUCUUCUAUGUAUCCAGAUAAACAAGUUAUUUCCCUUUAUGCAUUAGAAGAGGUGCCCAAGAUAUUAGAAUUAUUUGAUCAUGAGAGUAAAGAAUUAAGAAGAGCAAUAUGUAAUAUGAUACAGAGUUUUAAUAUAGAUGAUAAUUACUGGAAGGGUAUAGAAGAAGAGAACAAGGUAGAAGAUGAUGAUGAAGAAGAAGAAUUUGAUUUAUCAGCUAGAAUUGCUCAAGAAUUAGAAGAAUCUCAGUUACAACUAGAGGAAUUACAGUUGACACUUAAAGCAAUUGAAUUUAAACGAAAACGUAUUUUACAAGAAAUGAUGUCACAUACAGGAAGUUCAGUGGAAUUAGUCAAUCAGUUACACGAGGUAGAAAUACAGAUAAAUAUGACAACAGAAGUUAUUGAAGAAAUACAAAAACUACAAGCUUGUAAUUCAGAUGAGGAAGAUGAAUCUGACUGUGGUGAAAUUGGUGUUGAUGGUGAUAAAGAGGAAAGUGAAAAUGUUGAAGAAAAUACUCAGACAAAUGUUAAAACAAACCGUGUAGCUCCAUUAGUUAUUCAUCCAACACCAACUAAAGAUCAAAAUGAAGGAGAAUCUGAGCAGAAUACACAUAUUGCUACUAGCAACACAGUGCAGGAACCACUAACAGUUCUCAACAGUGCUAAUCCAAAUGAACCUCAGCAACAAUCCUUAAACCAAAGUGCCUUUGCCAAUCAAAAUCAAAACAAUAUUAACUAUUUACAGCAACAACAUCACCAACAGUUGUUAUUACAAUCAAUGAUGACAUCACAAAUGGAUCCUUCUUUUUCUGGUAUGAUGUCACCUGCUGGUCCAUAUCCAUCUAUGAUGCCUAAUCCCAUACUACCACAAUGGGGCUACUUUGGGCAACAGAUGCCUGUUGAUCCACAGAAUGCUAUGUAUUGGCCCAAUAUGAUGAUGGCACCUAGUCCCAGUAUGAACUAUGAACCACAAAAUAAUUUACAACAAAUGAAUAAUAUGAGGAUGCCAGCAAUGGUGAACAGAAUGCCUAACUAUACUGCCAGACUUCCUGCAAUUAACCCACAAAAUACUCUUAGAUUACAGUCAUCCUGUAUCCCAUCUGUAUCUUCUGCUCAAAGGUUUUCAAUACCACCACCUUCAUUCCCAAGUACCAACCAUUCCCCACAGAGUGCCUUAAACAGUGGAGAUGUGCAACAAGCAACUAUUCCCACUGAUACUGGAAUUCUUCCAAACUUGUUACCAUUAUUACAGAGUCUACAUAUGGGUCGUGGAAAACCCCAAGACUAAGAGUAUUCUCUUGUGUUGUGAACAGAACUUUAAUUCAUAAGUAGCCUCAAAAAGAUGGACCUAAGUUUAUUUUGUUUAUUUAUUUGCACAAUGUUGAAUAUAAAUUGCUAUAGAUGGUCUUUUUUUUUUAGUCUGGAUAAUAAGGAUAAAGAUAAAGUUGUCUAAAUAUUUGCUAUUUCAUCUGAUAAAUACUGUUCUGUUCUCCUUCAAUUAAAAAACGUUUGUAUUAUCUUUCAGAUAAUCAUCAACUUUCUCUAAAACAUUUAGCAAUAAGGACAAUAUAUCAGUCAUAUCUGAACAGGAUGUUAAUAAUAUGGAUAUCACAUGGGCAAAACAAAUAUUUAGAACUUUUCUUUUUAAUAUUAUAGGUGUUGAAUUAGAAAUUGAAAUGUGUUAUUGUCAGUCAAGUGAUAAUGAAUGUUGAGCUUAAAAUGUCUGAAUCAAUUUAUGGAUGUGUGGUUUGUAUGCGUGUAUGAGUUACAAAAGGUUUUUUUUUUUUUUGUAUAGAAUUUGAAAUUCAAAAUUAAAUUCACAUGUUAGAUUAACUGCAGAGGAGCAGUAAAAAUGUAAUUAAUUAAAUAUAUAUUAUACCAGAA